CUUUGAAGGCCAAAAUAGUUCGGGAUUUUAGAUUGUGUGACUAAUUACUGUUCCACAUGAUGUCAGCCCCCAGACCAUUUGUCCCUAAGACCUCCACUAUAACUUCGGAAUAUACAAUCACUGAUAGUGUACUAGGUUUUGGAAUUACGGGGAAAGUUGUGGAAUGUAUUCACAAAACAACGGGUGUUCGUUAUGCCUUAAAGAUUCUCGAAGACAAUCAGAAAUCAAGACGUGAGGCCGAAAUCCACUGGAGGGUAUCAGAUUGUCCACAUAUAGUGAAAGUUGUGGAUGUAUUCGAAAACACUAAUCAUAACACAAAGAAAAACUAUCUGUUAAUGGUGAUGGAAUGUAUGAGGGGAGGAGAGCUUUUCAACAAAAUCAAAGAAAAUGAAAAUUUUACAGAGAGCGAAGCUGCUAAAAUUGUAUAUCAGAUAUCAUCUGCAAUUAGCCAUCUUCAUGAAAGGAAUAUUGCGCAUCGUGAUUUGAAACCUGAAAACUUGUUAUAUACAUCAAAUGAGCCAAAUGCUAUCCUCAAGCUUACGGACUUUGGUUUUGCAAAAGAAGUUGUUGCCAAAAAGUCUCUCCAAACACCUUGCUACACUCCUUACUAUGUCCCUCCUGAGAUACUUAAUUUUGAGAAAUAUGAUAAAUCCUGUGAUAUCUGGUCCUUGGGUAUAAUCACUUAUAUAUUACUCUCUGGUUGUCCACCAUUUUUUAGUCAGAACGGUCACCCUAUUUCCCCUGGGAUGAAGUCAAAGAUCCGUGCGGGAAAGUAUGACUUCCCAGAUGCUCAAUGGAAACAUGUAUCUAAAAGUGCUAAAGAUUUAAUCAAGAGUUUGCUGCUCACAGAACCAGACUGCAGACCUACAAUUAAAGAAGUAAUGAAUCAUCAUUGGGUAGCUCAGUAUAAUGCAGUUCCAAAUACACCACUUGGGACAAAUAUACUUUUUACUACAAAAGCAUGGGAUCAGUUUCGAGAAAUCUUUCGUGAAAGUCUUCAAACAAAACGUAAAGAACACUCCAGUGUCCCGACAUUGAUGACAUUGGAUGCAUCAAAAAAUCCUUUAUUAAUUAAACGUAAAUUAAAUCAACAAUCUAAUCCUGAUCAAGAAGAGGAUGUUUCAUAAUAAACAAUAAAACAAUUGCGAAACAUCCACACGCACCCCCCAGACACUCACUCACAAACAAAACUGAAGAGUUUAGCAUACGUAUAUAUUAGUGAUACUAUUAAUUGUUACAUAACAUUAUUUCUUAAUAACUUCUCCUCUUUUUUAUGUUCACUGUACACAUUUUUCUAUGCAUUCUCAAAUAAUAUUAAGCUACGCAUGUAUAAAUUCCAUUACUACACUGGUAUUUUGCUUUGCAAGUUCAACUAUUUUUUGUUGUUGUUGUUGGUUUUUCGUCUUUAUUUUAUUAUUUUUUCGCUUCACAUCUUGUUGCACAUGAGCUGAAAUAGCUCGCUGUACACAAAUAAUAUAUAUAAUAUUGAUAAAAUAUAUUG